CCCCUUUGAACCUAAAAUUCAAGACCGCUGCCAAAUUAUUUCUGAAAAUUCCCAUGUCAUUGCUGCGCAGCUUUAAAGAAAGCCUGAAACCCUGCUCAAGCAUCUCAAAAACAUCACAACCCUCAUUGUUAUCUCAUGACUCGUCAUCAAUCAACCCAAGAAAACCCCCCAAAUCCUCUCUCUCACAGCAGCUUCUACGCCUUGAAGCAGACUUUUCUUUCCCCAAGCAAAACCCUGAAACCCAACGAGAAUUUUCAGUUGAGAAGAGCAAGAAUUUUGAUAAAGAAGAGAAAAUCAAGAAUUUUGAUGAAGAAGAGAAAGAGCCUGAACGUGAGAAAUUUGGGAGACCCCAACUGGGUCAGUUUCAGAUAGAUCAUACGGGACCGUUUGAGCCGUUGCUCUUGUCGGAAGAUGGAGAAGUUCCUUUAAUACAGGUUCCUGCAUCUAUUAACUGCAGGUUGCUUGAACACCAAAGAGAGGGAGUAAAAUUCUUGUAUAGACUAUACAAAAACAAUCAUGGAGGGGUUCUUGGUGAUGAUAUGGGGCUCGGAAAGACAAUUCAGACAAUUGCAUUCCUUGCUGCUGUUUUCGGAAAAGAUGGAGAAUUGGGAGACUCCACAAUAUCAAAAGAAAAUAAGGUUGGCAAGAAGGGCUCUGUUCUGAUAAUUUGCCCCACUUCUGUAAUCCACAACUGGGAGAUUGAAUUCUCUAGGUGGUCUACCUUUAAUGUCUCUUUUUACCAUGGUUCAAAUCGUGAUUUGAUUCUUGAAAAGCUUGAAGCAUAUGGAGUUGAGGUACUUAUAACCAGUUUUGACACUUACCGAAUUCAUGGCAGCAUCCUGUCAAAGGUUAAAUGGGAGAUUGUGAUUGUUGAUGAAGCACAUAGGCUUAAGAAUGAAAAAUCAAAACUUUAUACAGCAUGUUUAAAAAUUAAAACUCAGAAACGUAUUGGUCUCACGGGGACCAUUAUGCAGAACAAAAUUAUGGAACUGUUUAAUCUCUUUGACUGGGUAGCACCUGGCUCCUUGGGAACACGGGAACAUUUCCGGGAAUUUUAUGAUGAACCCCUAAAGCAUGGCCAGAGAUCAACUGCUCCUGAAAGAUUUGUUCGGAUUGCUGAUGAACGAAAACAGCACCUAGUGUCAGUUCUGCAUAAGUAUUUGUUAAGAAGGACAAAGGAGGAAACUAUCGGGCAUCUUAUGAUGGGAAAGGAAGAUAAUGUCGUAUUCUGCGCCAUGAGUGAUUUGCAAAAACGAGUUUACACGAGAAUGUUACAAUUACCAGACAUCCAAUGCCUCAUUAAUAAGGACCUCCCUUGUAGCUGUGGAAGUCCUCUUACCCAAGUAGAAUGUUGCAAAAGGAUUGUUCCUGAUGGAAUCAUCUGGCCUUAUCUUCACAGAGAUAACCCGGAUGGGUGUGAUUCAUGCCCCUUUUGCCUUGUCCUUCCCUGCCUUGUCAAGCUCCAACAGGUAAGCAAUCACCUGGAGCUUAUAAAGCCUAACCCUAGAGAUGAACCAGACAAACAAAAGAAAGAUGCAGAGUUUGCCUCUGCUGUCUUUGGACCUGAUAUUGAUUUGGUGGGAGGGAAUGCCCAAAGUGAGAGUUUCAUGGGUCUAAGCGAUGUUAAACAUUGUGGCAAAAUGCGAGCCUUGGAAAAGUUAAUGUUGUCUUGGGCUUCAAAGGGCGACAAAAUUCUCCUCUUUAGUUUCUCAGUCAGGAUGUUGGACAUACUUGAAAAAUUCCUUAUUCGCAAAGGCUAUAGCUUUUCCAGACUUGAUGGUUCUACUCCAAUCAACUUGCGCCAGCCGCUUGUUGAUGACUUUAACUCAAGUCCAAGCAAACAGGUGUUUUUGAUAUCAACUCGAGCUGGUGGGCUUGGAUUGAAUCUUGUAAGUGCAAAUCGUGUGGUCAUAUUUGACCCAAACUGGAAUCCUGCCCAAGAUUUACAGGCGCAGGACAGAUCAUUUCGUUUUGGACAGAAGCGGCAUGUUGUGGUAUUUCGCUUUCUCUCUGCUGGUUCCCUUGAGGAGCUGAUAUAUACUCGUCAGGUGUACAAGCAGCAGCUAUCAAAUAUUGCUGUUUCAGGGAAAAUGGAAAAACGAUAUUUUGAAGGAGUCCAGGAUUGCAAGGAAUUUCAAGGCGAGCUAUUUGGGAUUUGCAAUUUAUUUCGUGAUCUUUCUGAUAAGCUUUUUACCAGUGAAAUCAUCGAGUUACAUGAAAAACAGAGACAAGAAUAUGGGCAGCGUCCUAAAACAGAACAGGAAUUAACUGAGAUUGGGACCCAUAUUAUUCCCUCAAAAGAAGUAAGUUCAUCACUUACAUCAGGAUCUGAGACCGUAAAGUCUGCUGAUCUGUGGAGAGCUAUGACAGAUAAACCAUUACUUGAAGAUUUGGGUAUUCUCUAUGCUCAUCGUAAUGAAGACGUUGUCAAUAAUCAACCUGAUAUUCAAGAGAAGUUAGAGCUGAGAAUUCCUAAGGACAAUAGCUCAAGGCAGCCACAAAUCCCGAUAAAGAAGAAAAGAAAAUUAGAUGAUGCAAAUGGUAAUAACAUAUCUUCAUCCAAGGACUGGAAAAAGGUUCAAUACAGCUUGCUUGCCCGGUUCAUGGGUAUGGGAGAGGUUGAAUUUAGCAAGUGGGUAUUAUCUGCUAGUCCUUUGGAGAGGGAGCAAGUGCUUCAAGAUUUCAAGAAGAGAAAGGAGAAACCAGAUGGUUGAAGAAGGAUGGUAUGUUUGCAGACAUGUACAUGGAAUUGUUGUAACUCAUCAUUGUAUAUUAUUGUGUCAUAGAGAUGUAAAUUUUAUUUUUUCUAAUUCAUUUCUCAGUGUUUUAGUGUUCUACUUGCAUCCGGCAACAGGAAUAUUGAAAUAAUGAUUUAGUGUAAAAAAAAUGCUGUUAUCAAUUAAGGAAACUACCCGUUGUAACA